UAAGAGAGAGGUGGCAGUGCGCGCACUCCCCCAUUUUCUCUCUCUCUUUUUCUCUGCUUUCGAAGACCAAAAAAAUUUUGGUGCGGAAAAAUUUAAGGAACCCAAAUGAGAGAAGAGGUCAUCAGCUCCGGAGGGACCAUUGAUCCUACUCCUGCUGCCAGUUCGGCAGGGGCGUCUUCGCCGACUGUGCAUGGAAAUGUGGGGAGUGUGGAUGGGUCUGUUCAUGGACAGGGCUCCAAAGGAGCAUCUAUUUCUUGUGUUGGUUCGCAACCUCCGAUGACUUCUUUGAGCACCAGUGCGGGUGCUGGUGGUGGAAGGGGUAGUUCUAUUUUUGGGUCUUCAAGACUGUCUUGUAGACCUUGGGAAAGAGGGGACUUGCUGCGCCGGUUAGCUACUUUUAAGCCCUCGCAUUGGUCUGGAAAACCCAAGGUCAUCGGUUCAUUGGCUUGUGCUAGGAGAGGUUGGGUGAAUGUUGAUGUAGAUAAAGUUUCAUGCGAAUCAUGCGGAGCAUACCUUACUUUUACUUUGUUGCCGACGUGGACUCCUGACGAAGUUCAAAAUGCUGGGGAAGCCUUUGUCAAACAGCUGGAUUCCGGGCACAAAGUUGCUUGUCCCUGGAGAGGAAACAGCUGCCCAGAAAGCUUGGUGCAAUUCCCUCCUACUCCUCAGUCUGCCUUAAUUGGUGGGUAUAAGGAUAGAUGUGAUGGACUUCUGCAAUUUCACUCGCUCCCUAAGGUAGCUGCCUCUGUAAUUGAGCAAAUAUGGGUUUCUCGGGGUCCACAGAUUGACCGUCUUCUGUCCCAGUCCCAGAAUUUUAUGGCAGGAGAUGUAGAUAUUAAACCAGAAAGUAUACCAGAAUUCGAAAGCUCUCGAGAUGGAGCAAUCUGUUUAUAUUCUCGUGCACAGAGGCUUAUAAGUCUUUGUGGAUGGGAACCAAGAUGGCUUUUGAAUAUUCAAGACUAUGAGGAACAUUCUGCCCAAUCAGCUAGAAAUGGAUAUUCUCUUGGGCCUAGCUAUGCCCAGGUCCAUCUUUCACAGGAUCCUGGAGCAAGCAAGAAAGCUAUUUCAGCUUCUGCUAGAAAGGAUACUGGAAAGAGUAAAGUUUUAGUUAAAGAAUCCAGAGGUGAUCUCAGGUCACCUUUGCUGGAUUGCAGCUUAUGUGGUGCUACAGUCAGAAUUUUGGAUUUCUUAACCGUUCCUCGACCUGCACGUUUUUCUCCGAACAACAUUGAUAUUCCUGACACAAGCAAAAAGAUGGGAUUGACACGUGGUGCAAGUGCAGCCAGUGGAAUUAGUGGUUGGAUUGCUGCUGACGAUGCAAAAGAACAUACUGAAGACCGUGAUGAAGUAGCAACAACAACUGAGGGGAAUUUGAUUCCAAACGCAGAUGUUGAUUUGAAUCUUACAAUGGCAGGGGGUUUAACUUUUAACCGGUUCGGCAGAGCAGGAAUGGCUGAUAAUAUUAAUGAUGCAGAUAUGGGCAGAGAUCUAAUGAUUGGGCAGCCACAAGGCAGUGAGGUUGGGGAUCGUGCAGCUUCAUAUGAAUCAAGGGGUCCCAGCUCUCGUAAACGGAGUUUGGAAAAAGGAGGCAGCUCUGUUGAUAGGCCACAUUUAAGGACGCAGCAGGCUGAUAGUGUUGAAGGAACUGUCAUUGAUCGUGAUGGUGAUGAAGUUACAGAUGGUAGACAAGAUUCAGCUGGACCUUCAAAACGAGCCCGCGAUUCAGAUUUUGUUGAUACAUACUGUUCAUCUGGUGCCGGUCCCAGUCAUUCGAUGGGUCUUGAAAUUUAUACUGAGGGUAAUAGAGGUGCUUCAUUUCCACAAGGAAGUGACCAAUACGUUGGAAUCCAUUCGACUAGGGAUUCAGCACGUGCAUCUUCAGUCAUUGCAAUGGAUACAAUUGGUCACAGUUCAGAUGAUGACUCUAUGGCAAGUGUUGAAAAUCAUCCGGGAGAUAUUGAUGAUAUUCAUUUCCCCUCAUCUAGUACAUAUGGAAAUCUGGACAUGAAUGAGACAUCAGAAGUGAAUUAUAGUAAUCAAGCUCAACAGAGCAUUGGUUUUCAACCAGUUGCUGAUGUAGUUCCUGAGGAAAUGGGUGUUAGUAGUACUAAUGAUGGGGAAGAAAUCUUCAACGCUGAAACUUUGACUGCUCAGGCCCGGGAUGGGUUUAGCUUUGGGAUGAGUGGAGGGAGUGUUGGAAUGUGUGCUAGUCAUGAAGCUGAGAUUCAUGGGGCUGAUGUAUCUGUUCAUAGAGCAGAUAGUGUAGUUGGUGAUGUGGAACCCAGAACAGAAGAUGCUGAGAAUCAGGGCCAGACAGGCGAAUCUGCACCAGAUCCUGGACUAAUGGAUGAAAUUGUCCCUGAUGAAAUAAAUAGGGAAGAUCCUCAAGGUGAUAGCCAGGAGAUGCUAUCUCGAUCUGUAGGGAGGGCUGAUAGUGGCUCAAAGAUUGAUGGUUCUACUAAGGCUGAAUCUGUGGAGAGUGGUGAAAAAAUUAGUCAAAAGUUAGAGAACAGUGCCCGCCCUUCUCUUUCAUGCAAUGCUAAUGUAUACUCUAAUUAUGGAACAACCAAGAAAGUGGUAAAAAAUGCUGGCAAGUCUUCAUUUACAAAUAAUUGUGCAUACCAAGAAUCAGAGUAUGCAGUUGCCAAUGGAAUAGGACCUCCAAAAGGCGAGAGCAAUUAUGAAGAACCUAUGGAGUUUGAUCCAAUUGGCCAUCACAACCAGUUCUGCCCCUGGGUCAAUGGGAAUGUUGCUGCUGCUGGCAGUAGUAGCUGUGGCCCCGACACCAAUGCUGAUGUUGUUGCUCUUUGUGGGUGGCAGCUGACCUUAGAUGCCCUUGAUGCUUUGCGUUCCCUGGGGCAUGUUGGAAUUCAGACAUUAGAGUCUGAGUCAGCAGCAUCGCAAUACAAGGAUGAUCACCGAAAUCCUGGCAAGAAACUCCUUCGACACCAUUCUAUGAGUCGAAGCCAUGGGCAAUAUUGAGAUGAAUGGAGGAUCAGAAACCUCAUUUGAAGUUGAAAGGAAAUUCAAAAGCGAGCUUCACUAGUUGCAACUGGAGCUGGUGCUGGGUAGAGUACCGGCAGUACUCCUUCCCUUUUUAUAGUGAUGUAGAUUUCUACAAUUGUUGGAAUCUUAGAUGCAUUUUCAUGCAGAGGCGGUUAACUUCCCGUUAUAUUUUUUUCCCUAAAUUUAAGAUUUCUACCUGUUAUCUAGGAAGUUGUUUGAGAGAUGAACUAAUCUUAUAAUAUCGAACAUAUAUGAACAAUUGUUGUUCCCUGCAACUCGCUCUAAUGUUAUUGUUAACAGUGAUGAUGUGAGGUGAGAUUUUUUAUUUUUUUAUGUCAGUAGAUUCUACUGUACAUGGGAUGUGAAUUUAUAUCCUUGUUUAUGCUAAACCAAUUAUAUAUAUUUUUUUUGGUAAGUUAAACCAAUUUUAUA